UGUAACAAUAUUCUACUGUAUCCUUAUUGGUCAGAUCAUUUCAGUGCAUUUAUAAUGUCGCUCACUCCUCACCCGGCCACCGCCGCCACUCCACCGCUUCACACCUCCCACCUCCUCCGCCGCACCACCAUUAACCGCGCAUUCGCCAUAAUCUACGCUUCCGCCAUCUUGGCUUUGCUCUACUACCACCUCCUCACCCUCCGCCAUUCCACCACAUUCAUCUCCUCCGCCACCACCGUCAUUCUCUUGGUCGCCGACAUCGUCCUUGCCUUCAUGUGGACAACCACCACCUCCUUCAGACUCUUCCCCACCGGCCGGAAAGUUUUUCCCGAGAAUCUUGGGAAGUUUAUUGAGAAAAAAGAUUUUCCGGCGUUAGACAUAUUCAUCUGCACGGCAGAUCCCUACAAGGAGCCGCCAAUGAAUGUGGUGAAUACGGCGUUGUCUUUGAUGGCUUAUGAUUAUCCGCCGGAGAAGAUCUCUGUGUAUGUUUCCGAUGACGGUGGCUCGGAGCUUACACUUUUUGCUUUCUUUGAAGCUGCAAAGUUUGCAAAGAUUUGGUUGCCGUUUUGUAGGGAUAAUAACAUCACCGACAGAUGCCCGGAGGCUUUUUUCCGAUCAAAUGGCAUUACAUUUUCCGACGGCGCCAAGAUCAAGUCAAUGUAUGAGAAAAUGAGAAUAAAAGUCGAAAGCGUAGUCGAAAGAGGAAACAUAAAUCCUGAGUAUAUCACAAAUGAAGACGAACAAAUAGUUUUCAACAAAUGGAGCAAAGGGUUCAGUCGUCAUGAACAUCCAGCAGUUAUUCAGGUUUUGUUAGAAAGUAGACAAGAUAGAGACAUUGAAGAGCAUCCAAUGCCAAAUCUUAUAUAUGUUUCAAGGGAAAAAAAUAAGGCCUCACCACACAACUUUAAGGCUGGUGCCCUUAAUACCUUGCUUCGUGUAUCGGCUAUAAUGACAAAUGCACCUAUAGUCCUAACUCAAGAUUGUGACAUGUACUCAAAUGAUCCAAAAACGCCUCAACAAAUGUUAUGUUUUUAUGCCGAUGAAUCAAUCCGACACAAUUUAGGGUAUAUUCAAUUCCCACAACGGUUUCAUGGUAUAAAUAAAGCGGACAUUUACAGUAGCGAAUAUAAACGUCUUUAUGUGAUAAAUCCCGGGGGUAUGGAUGGUCUUAAAGGCCCGUGCUAUGUUGGGAGUGGUUGCUUUUUUGUUCGCCGUGUGUUUUUCGGCGGGCCAUCAUCACCCGAAUUGCCCGAAGUACGUGAACUUUGGCCCGAUCAUGUCGUUAAAAAGCCCAUUAAAAGCCAAGAAAUUCUUGAUUUGGCCCAUGGAGUUGCAGGCUCAAAUUACGAAAAUAAUUCCUCUUGGGGUUCGAAGAUGGGUUUUAGAUAUGGGUCAUUAUCUGAAGAUUUUUUUACGGGUCUUCAUCAGCAUUGUAGAGGAUGGAAGUCAUUAUUCUUCCAUCCCAGAAGGCCCGCCUUUUUAGGUGAUCUACCAAUCACACUAUUCGAUGCACUAACUCAAAACAGAAGGUGGUGCAUCGGUCUGCUAGAGGUUGUAUUUUCAAAAUACAAUCCGUUAACGUUCGGUAGUCGCUUCAUGGGCCCUUUAAUGGGCCUUGCUUAUGCACACAAUGCGUUUUGGCCUAUUUGGUCAAUUCCAAUCUAUAUAUACUCUUUCCUCCCUCAACUAGCACUCCUUAAUCGUGUAUCUGUCUUCCCAAAGGUUACAGAUUACUGGUUUCUUUUGUAUGUUUUUUUGUUUCUUGGGGCCAACAUUCAAGACUCUCUUGAUUUUAUGUUGGCCCAGGGUACAUUCCAACAAUGGUGGAAUGACCAACGAAUGUGGUUCAUACGAGGUCUCUCAUCGUAUAUAUUUGGGUUCAUUGAAUUCUCCAUUAAACGUUUGGGUAUUGCUUCAAAAGGGUUUCAUGUGACAAACAAAGUGGUUGACAAUGAACAAAGCAAGAGAUACGACAAUGGGGUUUUUGAAUUUAGUGUCCCCUCACCAAUGUUUGUGCCUUUAGCAACGGUUGCAAUCGUAAAUUUGGUUGCGUUUGUGUUUGGCAUUUUGCAAAUUUUAAAAGGAGGAAACGUUAAUGGACUUUUUGGGCAAAUGUUUCUAGCUUGUUUUGGGCUUGUGAAUUCUUGGCCCAUUUAUAAAGCUAUGGUAUGGAGGACUGAUAAUGGGAGAAUGCAUAGAAGUAUAAACGUAACUUCUACAUUGUUUGGACUCACAUUGUAUAUGCUGGUUAGGCUUGUACCAAAUGCGUAACACGCAUUAGUCACUUGUACUUUUAAUGUUCUUGUGCAAUUCAGAUGUAUACUUCAUGUAUUAGGACAACAGGACUUAUUACAUGUGAUGAGUUUUUUUAUAGUAUAUGAAUUGUUGUUGUGUACG